AUGAAGUUCAGCGCCAUUGUUACCUCCAUCGCCUGCCUGGCGGCUUCCCAGCUGGCCGCGGCCGUGGAAGACACCACCACGUCGACUUCGACCACCACCCUCACCAUGACGCUGGUGCGCGUCAACUCGGUGACCCCGACCCCCAGCUCGAGCAUGGCCACCGUGCCGGCAUCCUCGACUCCUCUGGUCCGGAUCACUCCCACUGCCUCCGCCUCGACGUCCUCGACGACUCAGGCGGCGGCCCCUACCCACAACGGCGCAGCCAACGUUGGUGCUGGCCUGCCGGUGGCCAUUGUCGCGGGGUCCUUCGCGCUGAUUAUGGGAGCAGCCCUUUAA